AUGGCAUCGAUGUCGCAGAAGACUUUAAUUGUGCGAGGAUCGCCAACCAAGCGACUCGUCGAGAUCCUUCAGCCCGAGGUGACGUCCCCCAUUCCCGUGGAGAGGACUUCCUCUGUUGGGGACCAAACGACGAAUGUCUUUAUUCGUAGAGGUGACAUUGGCUACUAUGACCACGACGGUAGGCUGUUUGUGUGCGGCCGACUGAAGACACUACUUGAGUGCCAGAGGAGGAAAUUCUCCCCAUCGGAUAUUGAACACUGCCUUAUGGAUCACGAAGCCGUGGAAGAUGUUUCUGUGUUGGCCGUGCCUUUUGAAGAACUCGAUCAGUUUCCUGCCGCCGUGGUCGUCACGAAAAGUGGCUUCACCCGGGACCAGCAGCUCGCCGAAGACUUGAAGCGUUAUGUGGCUGGGAAGUUGGCCAGUUUCAAGCACCUCCACGGCGGAAUCUACUUUGCGGACGCUCUUCCGAGGAACACCCGGGGAAAGAUCAGGAGCAGCGCACUUCGAGAGAUGCUUCAGACAUUGCGCAGAAUGGACAGUGACGAAGUCUCUGUCGAAGAAUGCAAAUAUUAG